GCCACCUUACGUGGCAUCGGCAGCAAUCACUAUUGCAGCGAAAUACAUUUUCUUCAUUUAGUGUAAACAUUUGUGGAAAUAUUAACUUUUGUUAUGGUUCAAAUGCGUUUAAUGACACAACGAUAAAAAUGAAUCCACAAUAUAUACAGCAACAGUCACAACAGCAACAACAAUCACAACAACAACAACAACAACAACCUAGUUAUUUUCCUGUUCCACCGACUUCAUCUUCUUAUGGAGAAGUAAAUUCUAAUAUUCCAUCAAAUUUAUUAAAAGGGCCUCCAAUAAAUUCUCAAGUAUAUACUUCUCAAAAAUCAAUCCAAGGAUCUCCCCUUUCUAAUUUACAUCAGUCUCAAACACCAUAUUAUAUGAAUAAUAUACAAACACAAGGAAAUACUCAAUUUGAAUUAUCUGCAAACAAUCCACAUAUAAUGCCACCUACAACAAGUCAAAAUAAUAUAAUUAAUCAAAUGUCAAAUAUAUCUUUGGGGGAUCAACAAAGACCACCAUCAGUGCAAAAUUUUCCACCACCACCUUUACCUGGAAAAAGUAGUCCUACAAUACCUACACCUUCAAAUGUAAAUGGCUUUAAUAAUGCAUUAGAAAUAUUAUCAGGGAGUGGUUCAACAGGACAAACUGAUCCUGGUGGAAAAUCUGGACCACCUAUUUCUGGGACAAAUGUACAAGAGCAGAAGACAACUUUGAAAACUUCUACACCACAGCUUACUGGUCUUCCAUUUUCAGGACAUUCUACAGGAACUACUUCUGGCAACUAUUAUCCUGGACCAACUUUACCAACUGAACAAGUGUUCAAUGCAGGAAUACCUUCAAAUCAACAUCAAUCUGGUGGUCAAUUGAAUGUUACUGACACAUCUGAACAAUCAAAUUUUCCUAGGCCACCAAUAGGACAAAGAUCUAAAGUUGCACUAUUACAAGGACAACAAAAUGUAUCUUCUACUUCAUCUUUACCUGGACAAAAUUUUUCUAAUCCAAUAAUAUCGGGACAACCAAAUUUAUCAGGGCCUCCAUUAUCAAAUCAACAAACACAUAAAGAUAUGCUUAUGCAAGGAACACAUGGGCAAAAUUUAAUUGGACCAUCACUAUCAAAACAGAGUUUGUCAAAUCCACUAUUACAAACUCAACAAAAUUUAUCUGGACCUUCACUUUCUACACCAUCAUUACCAGGACAGCAUUAUUCUUCAUUACAAGGACACCAAAAGCCUGGUCAUUCUUUUCCAGAACCGCAAAAUAUGCCUAUCUCUAAUUUAUCUGGUCCUCCAUUAACAAAUCAACAAAAUAUACAUCCAUCCCCAAUGUCUGGUCAACAAAAUGUUGCUCAAUCUUCAUUAAUGAAUCAACAAGGAUUUAAUAGACCACCAAUGUUAGGACCACAAAAUUUACCUGGUUCACAAAUGCCUCCAUUACCUGGUCAAUCAGCAGGACAAAUGAUAAAUUCUGGUGCAACUUUAUCACAAUCUGGUCAAAGAUCAUAUACAUCUGGACCACCAAUACAAGGACAACAUAUAGCAAAUCCUGCAGGAAUCAGUCGUAGUCCAACCAGUGCAAUGCCAAACUAUCAACAUACAGGAUAUCAAGGCUAUAAUAAUGAUAUAUAUAAUGCUCAAAGAAGUUCAUAUCAAGGUGGUACACCAAGUGUAACAGGUAGAUAUCAAUCAGGCAUGCAACCGCAACAAACUAGACGCUUAGAUCCUGAACAAAUGCCAAGUCCAAUUCAAGUAAUUCAAGAUGAUCAACGCGCAAGAGGUGGUGUAUUUAUAACUAAUCAAAAGGGUUUGGUUCCACCAUUAGUAACCACUAAAUUUGUAACGCAAGAUCAAGGAAAUGCAUCUCCUAGAUAUAUUAGAUCUACUAUGUAUACUGUUCCUACCACAGCAGAUAUUAUAAAACAAACGAAUGUUCCAUUUGGUCUAAUAAUAAGUCCAAUGGCUCGUAUAGCAGAAGGAGAAUAUGAACCACCUAUUGUAGAUAUGGGUGAAAUUGGUCCAGUGCGUUGUGUACGAUGUAAAGCAUAUAUGAGUCCAUUUAUGCAAUUUAUUGAUGCAGGCAGAAGAUUUCAAUGCAUGUUUUGUAAAGCAACAACUGAGGUUCCAGCAGAAUAUUUUCAACAUUUGGAUCAUACUGGUCAACGUAUGGAUCGUUACGAAAGACCAGAAUUAAUGUUAGGAACAUAUGAAUAUAUUGCUACUAAGGAUUAUUGCAGAAGCAAUACUUUUCCAAAACCACCAGCUAUUGUGUUCGUGAUCGAUGUAUCAUACAACACAGUUAAAUCUGGUUUAGUUAAUUUACUUUGUAUGCAAAUGAAAUCAAUUUUGCGACAUUUACCUGUUGAUGCUGGUCAAUCAAAAACAAACAUGAAAGUAGGAUUUAUAACAUAUAAUAAUACAGUGCACUUUUACAAUAUUAAUUCUUGUCUCGCUCAACCACAAAUGAUGGUUGUGGGAGAUGUACAAGAUGUUUUUAUGCCACUUCUUGAUGGAUUUUUAUGCGAUGUUGAAGAAAGUGAAUCUGUUAUUGACAGUUUAAUGACACAAAUACCAGCAAUGUUUGCAGAUACACGUGAAACAGAAACAAUCCUUGCACCAGCCAUACAGGCUGGAUUAGAAGCAUUAAAGGCUUCAGAUUGUGCUGGAAAAUUAAUGGUUUUCCAUUCUUCUUUACCUAUUGCUGAUGCACCUGGUAAACUAAAAAAUCGUGAUGAUCGGAAAAUUCUUGGUACAGAAAAAGAAAAAACCGUAUUAGCUCCGCAAAAUAACAUUUAUAAUAAUCUAGGUCAGGAAUGUGUGGGCAUGGGAUGUUCCGUAGAUUUGUUUGUUUUCAAUAAUUCAUAUGUGGAUAUUGCGACAAUAGGACAAAUAGCUAGGUUGACUGGUGGAGAAGUUUAUAAAUAUACUUAUUUUCAGGCUGAUAUAGAUGGUGAUCGUUUAAUUUCGGAUGUUAUUAAUAACAUUAGUAGACCAAUUGCAUUUGAUGCUAUUAUGCGCGUACGUACAUCUACUGGUGUUCGAGCAACUGAUUUUUUUGGUCACUUCUUUAUGUCAAACACUACAGAUAUGGAAUUGGCUAGUAUAGAUUGUAAUAAGGCUAUUGCUAUAGAAGUAAAGCAUGAUGAUAAAUUAACAGAUGAUGAAGGUGUAUAUAUUCAAGCAGCUUUAUUGUACACUUCAUGCAGUGGAAUUAGAAGAUUGCGUAUUAUUAAUCUUAGUUUAAAAACAUCAUCUCAAAUGGCAGAAUUAUACCGUGCAUGUGAUUUAGACGCAAUCAUAAAUUAUUUCUCGAAACAAAGUGUUUUUAAAUUAAUUGAAUCAACUCCAAAAACUGUAAAAGAUAAUUUAAUUGCAAGAUGUGCAAAUAUAUUAGCUGCAUAUCGAAAACAUUGUGCUUCACCAUCUAAUGCUGGCCAAUUAAUAUUACCAGAAUGUAUGAAAUUGCUUCCACUUUACAUUAAUUCAUUAUUAAAAAGUGAUGCAUUAUCUGGAGGUGCUGAUAUGUCUAUUGAUGAUAGAGCUUUUGUUAUGCAAGCAGUUGCAACUAUGCCAAUUUCUAUAUCAGUUGUGUAUAUUUAUCCGAGAUUACUUCCUUUACAUGAUGUUGAUUUACAAGAUACAGAAUUACCACAAAUGUUACGUUGUUCUAUUGAUAAAUUCACUGAUGAUGGCGCGUACUUACUUGAAAAUAGUAUCCAUAUGUUUUUAUGGUUAGGCCUGGCACUUUCUCCACAAUGGGUACAAGCAGUAUUUGGUGUUCCAUCAAUAGUUCAAAUUGAUACAGACUGUACUGCACUGCCAGUAUUAGAUACUCCAUUAAAUAAACGAAUUUCUGAUAUCAUUAAUCGCGUACGUAUGGAAAGGCAUCGUUGUAUGAGGUUAACUAUAAUAAGACAACGUGAAAAACUAGAAAUUGUAUUACGUCAUUUCUUGAUUGAAGAUAGAGAAAACGAUGGAAGUCCAAGUUAUGUUGAUUUCCUUUGCCAUAUGCACAAAGAAAUAAGAACACUUCUUAGCCAAUAAAAUGAAUCUUACAGCAAUCAGUUACCUUAUGUUGUAAUCCUAGCUUGCUACAUGUUUGUGACUGUUGUCAUGUUAUGUCCAAAAUCAGUUAGAUUAUUAAAAUGAAAUUCACUUAAAGCUCAAUGAGAAUCAUAGAUUAUGUGUACAUUCAUAUGACUAUGAAAAAAUAUGAAAAAAAAUAUGAAAACGAAAAUAACAUAUAUUUAUAACAUGGUACCUAUAAAAAAAUAAACUUUAUGAAAUAACUAAUCAUUCCGCGAGAAAGAAUGGUACAUGUAACAGGAAACAUCAGAAUGCACUCGUACAGUGAUUUAUACAUUGUAAACGUAAACUUGUAUUAUUACAUUUUAUUUUAACUAGCUCAUUAAUGUUAUUAUUAUGUUAAAUUAAAUAAUAAAAAUGUAUUAAAUCAUUAUAAAUUUAUAUAUUAAAACAA